ACGUCUGGUACCUAAAAAGAUCUUUCGCUGUAAUUUGCCAAAGAGAAAUACAAGCGAAAGACGAUAUUUCGCCUUGAGGAGCAGUGGCUGUUAAGUGGAGAUGGUGGUGGUUGGAAGAAGAGAUGGUCGGGAUCACGCGUAUGCUCUUCAGUCUUUUACUAUCAUGUUCGCCCGUUGCUUUGCCUCCAGAGCGACGCCGUGUCGCUUUUUCUCAAUGACAGCGUGUCGUCGAGCAGAUCCGUGGCCGUUGCCUCAUACUCCAGAGCAUCUGGCAUCGACGACCACUCCUGCGGACCUGCCUGCCCCAACACCCAUGCCACGCCUAAAUGAAUCUAUUGACACUCUUCGCGCUCGCUUGGUCUAUCAGUCACGCAAACGAGGGACCCUUGAAAGCGAUCUCUUGUUGAGUACCUUUGCUAGAGACCACCUUGCUGCAAUGACAGAGGCGGAGCUGAAAGAGUACGACAAGAUUUUGGAUGAACCAGACUGGGAUAUAUAUUACUGGGCUACAGAGAACAGGAGCCCGCCAGAGCGUUGGGCGAACUCGACUAUUCUGGAAAAGCUUAGGGUACAUGCGCGGAAUGAGGGUAAGGUCGUUAGGCGGAUGCCACCACUCUGACAUUUACGAGACGGUGUACCUGCGACUCGCUUCCGAUAUAUUACGGCGUAGACAUGUAUAGUACGGUCCGAAUUACAUCCAGGCGUUUGCCAUCCCUACAAGGCCCACUCAAUUGUAGAUCCCGUACGCAGGGAAAGUGUCGGAUGCGAUGUUUUGCGGGGCUAUCCCGCGCUUUUCCCUAGUAGUUCCGCCACAACCAGCGACAACAUUUUCAUCUCUUAAAGGUUUCAUCUCUCAAAGGUCCUUUAGGCGGAUGUCCCCACUUUACCGUCUAGACCAC